AUGAAUUCUCUCAUCAACCUAGCUACUGCCUCUGCAGGAGGUGGAGUACCUACGCUGUUGGAAGAAGCCCUUCUGAGGGCUCCAGAGAAUUUGCCUUUGCUGCCUGGAGAUGAUCCUAGAGCCACGGGAGAAACAUGGAAAGAGGACAGCCUGCACAGGCAUCACUUCAAUAGGAGUGAGGGUCUGGGAGAAGACACCAUCUGCAACCAGACUCCUCCCAUAGACACUGAGAGCAACAUGCAGCCUGCCAGAGAGGAUGUGGGCCAGGGAGAAGAUGGCACCAGCUGCUAUGGGAUUCUUUCUGUAGCCCCCGAGCAACAGGUCAAAGCCCCUCCUGUGCAGCCGAAGGUCCUGCAGAAGAAGGACGACACCCAUGUCCUGCGCUUGCUGCUGCAUCAGAGGGACCUGGAAAUCCAGGGGCUGAGAUGCGCCGCUCAGAAGGAGCCUGCCCGGCUCGCCUUCAUUUUGCAGGAGCUAGUGAGCAUGAGGCAAAAAGUGAGUGCAACCCCCUGUAGGUACCAAACCAAAAGAGACCAGCCAGAGCAUCUCCAAAAGGAAAUAGAGAGACUGAGCUCUGAAUUGCAGGCUGAAAAGGAGCUCCAUGUGAGGGAGAUGCAACUCUUGAAGGAAAGACUCUGCAAAUCAGAGCUGUUGGUGCAGCACCUGUACAAAGAGAUCGUGAGGCUGGAGAAGUCACUGCCUGGGAGAACCGCCCAAGGCCACAGAGAGCCACAGGAAACAGAGACCAGUGUGAAGUGGGGUGAAGAGCCAGAAACAGAGAGUUUCGAGCUUUGGUCAGAGACGGGAAACAACGUAGAGGCAGAGCCUAGUAAUAUGGUGCUGCGGAGGAUCCCCAAGCACAUGAGCUUCCUGGAUUCAUUCUUCAAGGAUAGAGAUCCAGCAACACUUGAGAGGGAAAAGAACAACGGAAGAACCCAGAUAUCAGAAGCAGUUCAAGCAGAAUUCAACAUCUACCCCACGUCCUCUACAGAGUCAGAGGCCAGAUGGAAAAUAAGUGAUUUUAGCAGCUUCAGUUCAAGUCUAGAGCUGGUUAGUUCACCUGCUAGAAAGGAGAGGAAAUUAUACUCAGAAAGUUCUUGGUGGGAUGUGAUCUCUUCUCCAAAAUCAGAUCUUGUUUCUGCACCCAGCAGGUCUGGAAUUGCGGUAUUGUUCCACAGUCUCCCACCGUCCUGGGAGAACAUCCAGCCCAAACACUCUGAUUUUCUGGAUCUGAAGACAGAGCAGUCCCAGGAUCUGUGCCGUCUCACUCAUGCCAGUCUUGAUGGGAUAGGAGUUUGCAAGCCAUCUGCGAUGCCCUCAGAUCUGAGCAAAGACGAAGAAUACGAAAGGGCUCCUGGGGACACAGGCUUCCUAAAGAUCACCACCGUGAAUCGCAAGGGCAAAUUCGUUCGAAUCCUCAACACCUCGUUGGACCAAGACAUGGACCUGAGUGGCUUCAUCAUCCAGCAGUGGAUGGAAGGGUACCCGGUGUCCAUCUACCGCUUCCCCCCAGACACCAUGCUGCCCGCACUGCAUCACAUCACGGUCUGGGCUGCAGGAACUGAUUGCACCCAUAAAAAACCCACAGACGUGACUCUGAGGGCCCAGCAGUAUUUCAGAAUGGGCCCAGAAUGCACCACAGUCCUCAGCAAUGCAAAGGGCCAGACUCUCUCCAGGUACACGGCCCCUCACAGAUUCACAGCGGCUGCAGACGCCUACAGUGAUAACACGGACCUUUCGGUGGACAAGUUCCCACUCACUGGAGAAGGGGAGGAAGCAGAAGAACCUGUGCCCCAGAAGGAUCAGCAAUGGGUCCCUGCGGUGCCAUGCAGAGGGAGCACAGGCAGGCCACCGGCUGUACUGCAGGAGGCCAGGGCCAGGAAGCACUUUCCUGUUGGCUCUUCAAACAGGAACCGUCUGGGAGACCCUUCAAACGUUGGUAAGAGGAAAAUCCAGCCUGGACCCAGAGAGACAGUUCACAAGAUUGUCUCUUUCUCAGUCGAGAACUUACCUUCCAUAUCAGUGGCAGUCAAGGAGAAACGCUUUUCACCCAGCGAGGAGGAGGAGGAUGAAGAGGAGGAUUUUGCUCCUCAUGGAAGGCAGCCUCCAACUGCAGAGCCAAAACCCAGAGUCUUCAAGACAGCUCUGGAUACAACAAUUCCUACGGUGGCACUGACAGGACAGAAGAAGGCUCGAUCUAAAUACGGCUUCAAGCACAUGGCUUACCUACCUACCACUACUGACAUGCAGCUUAGGAGAUACCGUCCUGCUAGAUGAUGCACUGAUUAAUAGGUGACACAGGAAGCUUGCACAGGUUCUUAAAUACAUGCCAUGCUGCUCCAGUGAAUGUGCUGCCAUCUGGCUUAUUUCAACCAGGGGAGAAGAGUCAGUUAGUAAUAGAUAGGGUGGCUGUUUUGAAAGGAUGUGCUGCCUGCAAGGCUGUUAUUUAUCACUUGAGAACUCCACCAAGAGCGGAACUGGAACGGCUGUUGGUGGCUCCACUUCCCACCCUUCCAGUCAGGAGGCCCAUGGUAAAGGCUGGGAGUAAGGUCUGCUGGUGAUGUGUUCCUCAUCUGAUUACAGUAGAAUUACUGAGGCAAGAGAGAAGGUCUCUAUAACUGAGAUGAAUGAUGACAAAGGUCAGAAAUGGAAGGGAUUGCUCCCACUGAGCCCACGAAGGCACUUCCCAAAUGUCUCUUACUCUACUCCUGUACAAUGGUCCCUGUUAACUUACCAGUCCAUAGACAAAAACAUUACUGAUCAUUUCUCCCUGUCCCCCAUCACAGGAAUACAGUGGAGAGGCCCCUUGCCUGAUAAUGGUACAGAGCCAAGCCUGUGUUUUCCUGGAAAGAUCCCAUAGCUAUUUCCAGAAGUAGCUUCUACGUCUGUGCCCAGUUUGUGUGCAGAUCAGGCAGACAAACCCAACUGCCUGAUUUGCAAGCCGAAACCCCAUUUAUGCAUGAGAAUGUAGGAUUCUGCACAUACAAAGUCACAAGCACAAAUUGAGAGAGUAGCUAGGAGCCAUUUGCAGCAGGUGGAGCUAAAUGCCACUCACUUUUACAAUAGCUUUUAUACACAGGGCCUGAUUUUCACAAGUGUUGAGCAUCUGCAACUCCUAUUGACUUCACCCAGGAGUAUGUGUGCUCAGCACUUCUGAAAAUCAGGCCCUAACAUUCUUCUUUCUUCUAUCCUAUUGAGCCAGACUGUCCAUUUAUUUUGUUCAUGAUCAGUGACACUGGCAUAGAAUCAAUUUUAGAUGCCAGUUUAACUACACAAGCACUUUGUUGGGCGAUGACUGACUGGAAAUCCCUCCAACACUCAUGAUUUUGGGGAACUGCUUGCCACUCAAUAGUUAAUGUAUCUGAUUGAUGAUUCUUUCUUAUGCCUGCUGAGAGAAUAUGAACUUGGCUUCCACUCACAACUAUUUUAUAAGAGGAAUGGGUAGCAGGGCAGUGGGACCAAGCUGAAGGAU